AUGGAUCAUGAAUUCAGCGGCAAAGUCGCCCUUGUGACUGGCGCAACAGGGGGCAUUGGCUUCGCUUGUGCACGCCUCCUUGCAUCAAAGGGCGCCAGUGUCGCUCUUCUGGACCUAGUUGACGCCACAGACCAAUCCCAACGAUUGAACCAGCUCUACAAGUCUCGAACAAUGUCGGUCAAACUCGACAUCACUGAUAGUGGUGCUGUUGAAGAAGCGGUGGCCAUGGUCGUAUCGUGGAAAGGGCGCCUUGACUUUGCUGUCAACGCAGCGGGCAUAUUGCCUGCUGGGGUCAAUGUAGAUGGCAUCGACCCUUUUAUCUGGCGUCGCGUGAUCGACGUUAACUUGACUGGGACAUUUAAUUGCAUGCAGCACGAGAUCCGUACGUUUCUUGAGCUCGGAAUUCCAGGCUCCGUCGUCAACGUCUCGUCUGACGCCGGGGCCAUUGGCACAGUAGGUUGCGCUGCCUACGUCGCUUCCAAGCAUGCAGUCAACGGCCUUACUAAAACGGCGGCACUUGAAUACGCAAGAAAGGGCAUCUGUGUCAAUGCUGUAGCGCCUGGGAAUAUCGACACGCCCAUGCUGAGCCGGCUUGGUAUGUCGGCUGAGGCACUGGGACACGCGACACAGCCUUCAGGGAAAUUGGGAAAGGCCGGUGAUGUGGCCGAUUUGAUUGUAUUCUUGCUUUCUGAGCGAGCCGGGUUCAUGAAUGGGUCUAUUGUAGCCAUUGAUGGUGGCACUACAAGUGCGGGCUACUCCAACGGCGAUGCAUCACAGGUAUUUAAGGCAGUACAGUGA